ACCCUCAUCAAAGAGGGCCCGAUGAGGACAUUUUUCUGUUUAUAUUAAUAUAACCUAUAUUUUCACUUGUCAACUUUUGUAGUUUUCAUUUCCUCCUAAUUUACUUAUUAUUUAUUAAGGCGUUGAAAUCGCAAUUGCUUGAUAUAACAUAAAGUUGCACUGUUUUUGUACGGAUCGUUUUUUUCAUUCGGCUUUAAAGUCCAAACGUUCGUGAAUUUCGCAUUUUUGCUUCCAUCUCUUUAGAGGUUUGGAAUGUCUGAUUAAACCUAAUUGGAGAGAUCUUGAUAUUUAAUCGGGUUUUUCAGGCCUUUAUGUUUAACAUUUUGGUCGCCGUUUAGAAACACGAGUACCACUUGAAAUUCACCUUCAAGUUUGAGGAAAAUACAAGUUUGUUGCCAUGAAGUUUAGGGCCUUGAUGAUCGAAAAUGCUGCGAUGCGAGAUUUUUUGAACAUUUCAGUUAGUCUUUCAAGAUUUGCAAAAACCUGCGUUUUGAGACUGACAAAGACUAAAAUGUACUUCAUAAUAUCCGAAGAAGAGUCCAGACCGCGUUGCCCACAAGCUUGGUGCGAGCUGCCAGUUAGCUUCUAUUUUAAAGAGUAUAAUAUUGUUGGCGUUAGUGAGGUGCACAAUGAAAUUUAUCUGGAGUUAUCCACUGCAUUGCUAGCCAAAAGCUGUUCCUUACUCAAACAGGAGGCAAAGUACUUCAAGAUUAAACUGACUAAUAAAGGAUCAGCGUGUCUAACGUUGGAAAUGGAAUUUAUGUCCGGGGAACUAACAAGCAGACAAUGUAUUCAUGAUAUUCCAGUGGAAGUCAUUUCGAAGAAAAACUGGGACGAUUACAAGGAGCCAGUGUUUAAUGAUUUCCAUGUAUCAAUCCAAAUGCCCAACUUAAGAUCCAUUAGGAGUAUAGCAGAGAAAAUGAAAAAUUUGGGACACAGCUUGACGUUGCGCGCAAAUAAGUCCGGAAAACUCACUCUGCAAAUGAAGAACAGUACUGUUAAUUUAUCUGUCCAUUUUCCGGAUCUCAAUGUUAACAGUUUUGUUGGAAGUAGUGCCAAUCCCGGUUUUUCAAGCGAAGACGAAAUGGGUGACUCUGUUUCUUCAACGAUUGAUAUAAAAAAGUUUAUCACCUUCUUGUUUGGGAUGCAGCUGAACAACUGCCAAGCGAUUUGCAACAUCGUUCAGGGCAAAAUGGUGAAACUGCAAAUGGAACAGCCUGACGCCUUUUCGCUGCAAAUCUUCCUCACGCAGCUCUCGGAUUAAACGUAAACCAUCAGUAAAACUGAACACUUGUACACACUGUAAUAUACUAUCGUUUCCUAUG